AUGUUGGAGGUCCGUCAGGAUAUCGGAGCAAAUCCAGGGUCUCCGAAUGUUCCGACUCGGGACCGAGGUUCCGGGAUGGGAGUAGCCAAGGUUCGGUGUGCCGCAAUCAGACUGGAGCUGAGACAGUCAGGAGGGAAGGUGACUUGGAGAGUGGGGAGGCAUGGUGUAGGGGAUGGUGAAGUUGUUAGGAAGGCAUCAGAGGAGAAGUUCUCUGAAGCUCUAGCAGCAACUGUUGAAUCCAACAGAGAUGCACACAAUGUCCUAGUCUCCACACUACUCAGUGGAAACCACACCUCUGCAUCCAAUGAGGAACUGGAUGAAGCCAUGGCAACCAUCCACAGCUACUUAGAGAAAGCAGCUGGCAUCACAGUCCUGUUGGAGGAACCAUGUGCUAUGAGGGUACUCCAACGGAGCUAA